AUGGUGAAUGGUGAUGGGGUCGGUCGAUGUACUCCUACUGAAUUGCACUUUGACAAUGUGUUUCGUACACAUAACACAAGUAUUGCCAUCAACAUUUCUAUAACGUCCGAAAAUUCACCAAGUCCACUUGGUGAAACUCAACACACUCAACAUCAAGCUUCUCAAGUUCCAUUGAAUCAUAACUCUUCUACUCAAAGAAGUAGAGUCGAUGUUAGCACUCUUCUUUCUAACCCUGCCGAUAGAAAUCCAAUAUCAUAUUAUGAUGUAAAUGAUCGUGAUGAGAUAAGAAGAGCUUAUAUUCAAAGAGAUCUUAUAAUCCAUAAUCAAUCCAUACAAGCUGCUCUUCAUAAACAAUCUGAGCAAGUUAAGAUUGAUUAUAAGAACCGUUUGAAUGCAUCUAUAGAUAUUGGUAGAUUACUUUUGAUUUCUGGAUUACCUUUUCGAGGUCAUGAUGAAAGUGAAGCAUUCUUAAAGAAAGGUAAUUUUCUUACUUUCUUAGAGUUUUUUUCUAGAAAAAAUAAAAGUGUUGGUAGUGUUGCUUUAAAAAAUGCUCUCAGUAAUAAUCAAAUGACAUCCCCAUCAAUUCAAAAAGACAUCAUCAAUGCUUGUUAUAAAGAGACCAUUAAUGACAUUCUAAAGGAACUUGGAGAUGAUUAUUUUCCUAUUUUAGUAGAUGAAUCUCGUGAUGUGUCUUGUAAGAAACAAAUGGGUCUUUUAUUGACGUAUGUUGAUAAAAAGGGAUUUAUCAUGGAAAGGUUAGUUGGUCUUGCUCAAGUUACUAGCACUACCGCUGAGUCACUCAAAGGAACAAUUUAUUUUAUGCUUGAUCAAUUAUCUUUGAGUCCAUCUCGUACAAGGGGGCACGGUUACGAUGGAGCAAGCAACAAGAGAGGUCAUGUACAUGGGCUUAGGACAUUAAUUCAGGAGGAUUGUUCAUCGGCUCACUAUGUACACUGCUUUGCUCACCAAUUUCUGCUCACUCUUGUUAAGGUUGCACACAAACAUGUUGAUUUUGAGCAUCUUAUUGAUUUGAUUCAGCUCACUUUAAACACUAUUGGUGUUUCUUAUAAACAUAGAGAUGAGUUUCGACAAAAACAAGCCGAGAUGGUUGAAAAAACAUUACGUAAAGGUGAGCUUAUAACUGGAAAGGGUUUAAAUCAAGAAGUUGGUCUUCAAAGACAUGCGAAUACUCGUUGA